UUACUCAUUCGCCUGAUACCACACGGUGAGUCCACGGGAGGGACUCUAGCGCAGCGCUGCUUGACAAGCACACAGGGACGUGCCAGCAGCCACCGACAGGACAGGCAGGCGCUGCAGGGCUGCCUCUGAGCGUGGUCCUGGGUCCCAGCUGAAGUGUUGGAAGGAUCAAGCGUUUGCCUUCUGUUGCCUGCACCUGCCAGUGUCCUGUGCUAGGAGAGACCGUCGAAGGAGACCUUAGAGCCUGAAGAACCACGCCCCUCAUGGAAUAUGAAGUGUGCCAUCUGCUGCUACAUGAAUAACUGACCAUGGCCCUGGAUCCACAGAAAGCCAACUGAUCCAAAUCACAAUGCAUCAACUUUUCAGACUGGUUUUGGGACAAAAAGAUCUUUCAAGAGCUGGGGACCUCUUCUCUUUAGAUGAUGCGGAGAUUGAAGACAGCCUGACAGAAGCUUUGGAGCAGAUUAAAGUAAUUAGCUCAUCUUUGGAUUACCAAACUAACAACAACGACCAGGCGGUGGUUGAAAUCUGUAUUACAAGGAUAACAACAGCCAUCAGAGAGACGGAAUCCAUUGAGAAGCAUGCCAGGGCCCUGGUGGGACUGUGGGAUUCCUGCUUGGAACACAACCUGAGACCUGCAGGGAAAGACGAAGAUACUCCCCAUGCAAAAAUCGCAUCUGAUAUCAUGAGUUGCAUCUUACAGAACUACAACCGGACCCCUGUGAUGGUCUUAGCUGUCCCCAUCGCAGUGAAAUUCCUCCACAGAGGCAGCAAGGAGUUGUGUAGGAACAUGUCCAACUACCUGUCCCUGGCUGCCAUCACCAAAGCUGAUCUCCUGGCUGACCACACUGAAGGGAUAAUAAAGAGCAUACUCCAAGGAAAUGCCAUGCUGUUAAGGGUGUUACCUGCUGUGUAUGAAAAGCAGCCCCAACCAAUCAACAGACACCUGGCAGAACUCCUGGCCUUGAUGUCGCAAUUGGAACAGACAGAGCAGUACCAUUUACUACGGCUUCUGCACGUAGCAGCCAAAAGAAAAGAUGUGGAGGUGGUUCACAAAUGUGUUCCAUUCCUGAUCAGAAAUUUGAAAGAUUCAACCUAUAAUGACAUCAUCCUAAACAUCCUCAUAGAAAUGGCGGGCCAUGAGCCACUAGCCUUGAACAGUUUUCUCCCAAUGCUGAAAGAGAUUGCAGAGCAAUACCCCUACCUCACUGGACAAAUGGCAAGGAUCUUUGGUGCUGUUGGGCAUGUGGAUGAAGAGAGAGCCAGGAGCUGCCUACGAUACCUGGUAAGCCAGCUGGCUAACAUGGAGCAUUCGUUCCACCAUAUUCUCUUGCUGGAAAUUAAAAGCAUCACAGAUGCCUUCUCCUCCAUCCUGGGCCCGCACAGCAGGGACAUCUUCCGAAUGAGCAACAGCUUCACCAACAUUGCCAAGCUGAUUUCCCGACAACUGGAAAGCAGCAAGGCUGAGAGUGGCAGGAGAAAAACCAGCACUGAAGUUAACUUUCCUGAGAAACUGGGAGAACCCAAGACCAUGGAGCCUGAAAGUGAAGACCAUGAAAAACUCCAAGUUAAAAUCCAAGCCUUUGAAGACAAAAUAAAUGCUGAGAGCAAUACCCCUGGCUCUGUCCGGAGAUACAGCUUAGACCACGUCUCCAAGGAAGAACGAAAAAACAUUAGAUUUAGCAGAUCCAGAAGUUUGGCUUUGAAUACUAUGCUCACAAACGGUGUGAGUGUGGAAGAUAGCGAAGUUGAGGAAAAGGCAGGAAUACAUGCCAGCAUCUCUCUUUCGGAAAUAGACCCACUCAGCCCCGGAACUGGCAAGUUGCCAUUUAAGACAGACAACUAUGGAUCACAGCUGAGAAAUUCCUCAGUUUCACACCCAAGUAUUAUACAUAUUGAGCAAGAGAAUAUCCCCAAAACUUUUAAAGAAAACAUCCAAGAAGAAAUUCGCGAGGCAGCCACAAGUCCUACUGAAUAUCAAGAUAAACUCUACUUGCAUUUAAAAGAAAACCUGAGCAGAGUGAAGGCGUAUGCCUUGGAAAUCACAAAAAAGGUCCCAAUCCCAGACCAGUGUACCAUUGAAGAUACUGUGAGAAGUUGUGUGGCAAAGCUGUUCUUUACCUGUUCUUUAAAGGGUCAUUACUGCCUAUACAGCAAGUCCAGUUUCACCCUCGUCAGCCAAGCACCCCAGCCAUGGAUCCAGAUCAUGUUUCUCUUCCAACAGAGCCUGUUUUCUGAGCCCCUGUCCAUUCAGAGUGGGUCUGUGCAGUUCCUCAAAGACCUAUGGGAGAAGACACAGGACACGGGAACCCACAGCUUUGAAGUCGCCAUGACAGAGUCCACAUUUCCACAUCAGAAGGAUCUCGACCAGCUUCAGCUCCAUCUGGAAGAAGUGCGGUUCUUUGACGUGUUUGGCUUCAGUGAAACAGCGGGGGCAUGGCAAUGCUUCAUGUGCAACAACCCUGAAAAGGCAACCGUUGUAAACCAAGAUGGCCAGCCUCUCAUUGAAGGAAAACUUAAGGAGAAACAAGUGAGGUGGAAGUUCAUCAAGAGGUGGAAAACGCGUUAUUUUACACUGGCCGGAAACCAACUCCUGUUUCAAAAAGGGAAAUCUAAGGAUGACCCUGAUGAUUCCCCGAUAGAACUCAGCAAAGUACAGAGCGUGAAAGCUGUGGGCAAGAAACGCCGGGACCGCUCUCUCCCUCGGGCAUUUGAAAUAUUCACAGACAAUAAGACUUAUGUUUUCAAAGCCAAGGAUGAGAAGAAUGCAGAGGAGUGGCUGCAGUGCAUCAACGUGGCGCUGGCCCAGGCAAAGGAGAGGGAGAGCCGGGAAGUAACCACGUAUCUGUAGGGACAGCACACCCGCUCUUAUGGCCACAUGAUAGGCAUGGCCAGUGUCAACAAAGAGGAACCUACCAUGGAGCUAUUGGGUUUCACUUAAUACCAGGGAAACCAUUAUCCCUCAGGAGAGCCCAGAAUGGCAGGGUUUUCAGUAAACGCCACGCCCUCAGAGCUCUUGUAUUAACUCCAAGAUUUCUGUCUGAAGUAUAUGAGAAAGAGAAGUCACCAAGUUCAUAUUGGAGCAUGUGGACCAGGAAGAGAAAGUUACAAAAAAAAAAAAGAAAAGAAAAAGAACUUCUAUAGCUAUGUGAUUUAUGACUAUAAGAAAACAGUGAAUGAAUUUUUAAAACAACAGAUGCCUGAAAGAUCCAUCUUGAAGGAAAACUGUCACAUUAGAAACAUUUUUUUAAAAAAUUAAGAAAAGUUGAACUAAGUUACACUCAAGAAAACCGUUAACUUCAGUAUAUUAGUUAGCUUUCUGUGGCUAUGAUAAAAUACCCUGAUGAAAAUAAGGGAGAAAGGAUUUGUUUUGGUUUAUGGUCCCAGAGGAAUGAAGGCCAUUGCGGCAGGGAAUACAUGGCACCAGGCAGGAGAGUGUGGUAGCAGGAACAGGAUGCUGGCUGAUUCUUACUUAAUUACACAGAGGAAGCAGUGAGGAGAAGUAGGGUGUGGUUAUAAAACCACAAGACCCACCUCCGUCGAUCCUACUUCCUCUACCAAGGCUCCACCCACUAAGGACGCCAUAACUUUCUGAAGCAGCACUACCAAUGGGACCACGCGUUCAAAUAUGUGAACAUAUAGGGGCAUUAAAAUUGUUUAUUUAAAUUACCAUACUUAAACAUUUAUCUUCUCAACACAGAAGACAGCAGCGCACGUUACAAUGAUUCUUACUCCAGUUACAUAAUUAAAUUUAGGCUCCUAUGAGAGUGUAAAUUGGAUUUUAUUGUUUAGACACGUGGUUCUAUCUACUGUCCAAGGCAAUAAGUACAGAGAAUAAGAACAGAAAGACGCCUUUUCUUCUUUGUAAAUAUGCAUCACCUCCCUUAAACUUGAAGAUUUUUUUUAAUUAAAAUUCUGUGGUUUUCUUCUCUGUGUUAAGCGUUGUAGUGCCCAAAUUAUAAGCAUUUAUUGGUUUUUCCCCAUUACCCUUAUAUAAUUUUGAAUUAAACUGCCAUAGGCAUUUAGGUGACGUCCAGUGACCCAUGCCCCGUAAUAAUGUUCUGCCCCUUGAGUGGCGAAGGGUGGAACCCGGAGCAUGCUUGUAACUUACAUAAUAUGGCAAAGGUGAUAGGAUUGUCUCUCCUACAAUUGUGUUACAUUGCAACAGAAAUUUAAAAAUUAACAGAGAAAUUAAGGUCCCUCAGAUGUCUUUAGUAAACUGAUAGAUCUUGAAUAGCCGAGUAAUCGGCUAAGUUAUUUAGAAGGGGAUGAAUCCGUCAGACUCUCCUGGUGAGCUUGAAUAAGUUGUAGCAGCAAGGCAAUGAGUGACCUGGGCCAACACCCACGUGACCCUGAAACAAUAGUGAGUCUCUCAGGAUCCAGCCUACCACCAUCUUGUUGGCAGCCAUGCGGUCCUCUACUCAGAGGACCCGGAUAAGAUGGACUCCUGUUGGCAUAGAAAGUAUGCAGUAACAAUGUAUCCUGCUUUAAAUGCAAACCAUGUGGUGAUUUGUUAUGCACUGAUUAAUUCAUAUAAAAUCCCACUGGUAAUAUAUCAAAGAUAACUUUUUUUCUGUGAAAUUGAUUUAUUAUGUACUUUAGCACAGAAGCCUGGCAAAGUUGUCACCGCACUGACACUACUGUUAACUCACUGGCAUAGGAAAUGUAAAAGGGGUCAUACUUAAGCAAAGAAACUUAAUUCAAUUUUAACAGGUAAAGUUUGAGGAUAUUAUGAGCCACAGAAAUUAUUACACACUGGAAAUAGAGUUCAAGAGUUCAAAUUUUGGGUCCACUGCAUAUGUAGGUAAUUGUGAAAGAUACAGAAUUGGUUGAAUUACAUAAGAAAUGGGAGAAUUGAAAAUGACCCCUUGGAAUAACAAUAUUUAGACAAAGGCAGGUUAGAUUAGCUGAUCAGUAUUCAGAGAUGAUGUAGCCCAGGAGACAUGAUAUUACAAAAGCUAAAUUAAGAAGGAUUUUCAGGAUGUCAGCAAUUUCAAAUCCUGAAGAUAGAGCUUGACUUUCAUAAUUAGGAAGCAAUUGAUGUCACUGGUAAGAACGAUUUCAUUGGAACAAUGCAGUAAAAGUUAACUUUCGAUGUGUUGUAGUAAUCGACUGUUGUAUUUUAAUUUUUUAAAGGUGGGGUUAAGGUGAAAGAACAGAAUAGAUGAAUGGUUUCAUGUUUUGUUUUUAGGUGAUGUCAUCAUAAGAAGGAAAACAGUUAAUAAGUAUAGACAAGGAAAGACAAGGUCAAGUUUGCUAAAUGUGAUAGAGAAGAAUUUUUCAAGGUCUGUAUCCAGGGGCCAGGGAAACGUCUCAAUCAUGAGAGAGCUUGCCUACAAACAAAAGCCCCUGAGGUCAAAUUGACAACACAUACAUGAAAAUCUCAGCAUGGUUUUGGGGGCCUGUAACCCUGCCCUGGGAGUUGGAGACAAGUGGAUCCCAAGAGCUCCUUGGCUAUCAGGCCAGCUGAAGUAAUGAACUUCUGGCUCAGUGAGAAAUGCCAUAUGGUAGUUUGGAUGAGAAUGGUCCCCAUAGGGUUACAUAUUUGACCACUUGGUCCCGAGUUGGUGAAGCUAUUCGGGAAGGAUUCGAAGGUGGUCUUGUUGGAGAAGGUGUGUCACUGGUGGGUGGGCUUUGGGGGUUCAAAAGCCCAUAGCAUUUCAAGUUAGCCACCCCACCACCCACCUCUGCCACGUGGUUAUGCCUCAUGAUAUGUGUUCUCAACUACGGCUCCAGGACGAUACCUACCUACUGUCAUGCUUUCUGCCAUAAUGGAAAUAUAUUUAUCCUCUGAAACUGUAAGUCUCCAAUAAACUCUUUCUUGUAUAGUU